AUCCGGUGGACGUGUUUGUCUUCAUUGCGUUCCACGCGGAGCAAGACUCGCAAUACUCGGAUUGCCGCAUGGUACCACCGACCAUACGCUCCACGCAGCUACUGUCUCUUUACAUCCAAGAUGAGUACCCUAUUCGUUUGGACACGAUUAUCGCUGGCUUGACUUCCAAGGUAACUCUGUGGCCGGACGCAGUGUUCGCCUUGGCCUUGGGGAUGGGCGGCCGUUGGUACGUGCCAAAGGACCCGCCUGCAAACGUCUCGCUCGGUGACGAAUGCGCUCACGACCACUAUCCAGCUGGCGACCAGAUCGUCAGUAUUACGAAGGCCUGCUCGAACCAGGGAUUCAACAGCACGUUCUACUAUGACGGAACCUAUGAAGCCUCUGUCGCGUAUGACAGCUCGAAGAACUGGCUUUUUACAUACGAUAGCGCCCUUUCGCUUCGAACUAAGUUAUGCGGGAGCAAGCGGGCAGCGGUGGAUGUAAACUACACCUUGGCUGCCGUCAACAUUCAGUUUGAAGACUACAUGAACAUCUGCGGCUUCGGACCUUACCACCGGCUCACCAUGUUGAAGGCCAUAGCCGACUUUCUAUCACGAAAUUACACGUCGGCCGCCCAAGAGCACGCGUGCAAGGCACUGGGCUAGCAGGACGCCUGUGCUAUUACGUCGUUCAUCGUUCAGCUCCUUUCACGACAUUGUAAUCAUUCGAACAUCAUGU